UUCCAAUCCAAUUCAAUCCUACAAUAAAAUAAAAAUAAAAUCAUUGCCCUGAUUCAAAUUGAAAUCCCAAAAGAAUUUCAACUACAGUGGAGUCCGCCAUUAUCACCCAUCCUGUCCAUCGAGCGCACAUUCCUCCUGCACUGCAAAUCCUGACCCGAAAUUCGUAUUCUUACAUCACAUUGUUGAAUCAAAGCUCGAAUCUUUGUCCAAAUCAUGACCCAAUUCUGAGGUUCUCCGAAAGAAUUGUGAAAUCACAUAUGGAGGGUUCAUCAAGCUUUGUUACAGCACCUGUAAUGGCGUCCUUCUUCAUCCUCUUCUUCUUCUUUAAGUUCACUCUCUCUCUAAACGCAGACGGGCUCUCUCUCUUGGCCAUCAAAGCAGCCAUAACAAAUGACCCGACAAAAGCCCUCAUUUCUUGGUCCGAUUCCGACAUAACCCCUUGCAAAUGGGAUGGAAUCACCUGCGACGAUGCCCGCCGUAGAAUCACCUCCAUUUCUCUCUCUAACAAGAAUCUCACAGGCUACAUUCCUUCAGAAAUCGGGGCUCUCUUAUCCUUAACUUUCCUCGACCUUUCCGAAAACUUUUUCAGUGGCCCUUUGCCACUCUCCAUAGCUUUCCUGCAAACCCUAACUCAUCUUGAUUUAUCCUCUAAUGGCUUCAAUGGCACCCUCCCUGAAACCCUAAGCAAUCUGACAAAUUUGAAGGGGACAUUGAAUCUUUCCUACAAUUCAUUCUCCGGCGAGAUUCCGGCGAGCUUUGGCCGGUUUCCGGUGAUGGUUAGCCUCGAUUUAAGGCAUAAUAAUCUCUCCGGGAAGAUUCCUCAGGUGGGCUCACUUUUGAACCAAGGCCCAACUGCGUUUUCUGGAAACCCUAAUUUGUGUGGGUUCCCAUUAGGGUUUCAGUGUGGUACAACUCUCGAAGCGCAGAGUCCAACUCUGUUAAGCGGCAACCCCCAAAAGCCUGUAAAUAUUGGGGUUUCUUCGAAUGGGGUUGUGCAGAAUAGAAGGAUCAGAAAUGGGGUCGUGACGGUUUCUGUAAUUUCGGGGGCUUUAUUGGUGAUCGGAGUGGUUUUUGUUUUUGUUUGGGUGGUUCGGACAAGGUGGAAGAGAGUGGCGGCGGAGAAGCUCGGAAAGGGCAGCAACAAUGGCGUCGGCGGCGGCGGAGCGGAGGUUGUCGGAAUGGAUGGGAAGUUUGUUGUGUUGGACGAAGGGUUUGGAUUGGAAUUGGAGGAUUUGUUGAGAGCUUCUGCUUAUGUUGUCGGGAAGAGUAGGAGUGGGAUUGUGUAUAAAGUGGUGGUCGGAGGUGGAGCGGCGGCGGCGGAGGCCGGAGGUGGUGGCGCGGUGGCGGUGCGGCGGCUGAGUGAGGGAGAUGGGAAGUGGAGGUUGAAGGAGUUUGAGGCGGAGGUGGAGGCGAUUGCGAAGGUGCAGCAUCCUAACAUUGUUAGGCUUAGGGCAUUCUAUUACGCCAUUGAUGAGAAGCUUCUGGUUUCGGAUUUUGUCAGAAAUGGUAGCUUGUAUACGGCCUUGCAUGGAGGUCCCGGGAAUACGUUGCCACCAUUGUCAUGGGCAGCCCGUCUAAGAAUCGCGCAAGAUGUUGCCCGGGCUCUUGCACACAUCCACGAUUGCGGUCCUCGGAAACACGUCCACGGCAGCGUCAAAUCAACGAAAAUCCUACUUGACGAGAAUCUCAAGCCGUAUUUAUCUGGGUUCGGUCUGUCCCGUCUUGUCCCGUCAUCGUCGUCGAUGAACGCUAUCGCGCCCGAAGCUCGAGCUGCUGCGCCGACGAUGACACAAAAAUGCGACGUGUAUUCGUUCGGGAUCUUGCUUUCGGAAAUUCUUACAGGGCGGUUGCCGGACAGGGACGGGAAGGGUUUGAAGGACGCCGUUAGGACAGCCUUUCGGGAAGAACGGCCGUUGUCGGAGAUUAUCGACCCCAAUCUCUUACACGAGGUGCGCGCGAAGAAACAGGUGGUCGGAAUGUUUCAUAUUGCGCUGAGCUGUACGGAGACGGAGGCGGAGGCGCGGCCGAAGAUGAGGACGGUGUCGGACAACCUCGACGGGCUGAAGUUGCAGUGAGUAGUACGACGUCGUAUGCAAUGCAGGAACUAACUAACCGUUGGUUGGUGUUUUGUCUGUAUGAAAUCGAUGUUGUGUAGUGUAGUGUAGUGAAUGUUUUGGCAAUUGGACGGAUAUAUGACAUGAAUGAUAUGAUGAUAUUAGUUCAGCAUUUGAAAAUAAUGCUGAAAAUAGCCCCAUGCCUUUAUUUUGUGAAAUAUUUUGAAGGAAUAAUUUUUUAUAU